AUGGCUAUUCGGUGGAAAUCUGAAAGUUUGACUAGAGCAAAAGAUUUUGAAAGUAUCAUGGCGUGGGGUGUUUUCAUUUAUAUCCAGGCGGCGCUCAGCGGCUCGCUUUGGACGAGUAUAGCAUCGCCAGAAGGGUCGGUCAGCGUACCGACAAGUACAGUCGGCACGAUAACGUCGACGACAGUCAAACCACAAUGGGAGCCAUCUCCGCCUGGCAACGUUUUUGUGGAUACCUUAGGUCCAAACUCUCCUUUAUCGGAAUAUCUACCCGUCAAAUUGUGUCUGGGUAUACAUGACGUGUUUAUUGCUUUGUUUUUAGUAAUGCUGAUUCUACUAACCAUUUUCGGUAAUAUUCUCGUGGUUCUCUCGGUGGUUGUUUACAAACGAAUGCGAACUUUCACGAAUAUCCUGCUCACUUCACUUGCCACCGCAGACUUGCUUGUAGGGCUCAUAGUGAUGCCAAUGUCUUUGCUGGACCUUUUGCAUAAUCAUCGAUGGCCAUUGGGUCGUUUCCUCUGCCGAAUGUGGGCCACAUCAGAUGUUCUACUAUGUACCGCUAGCAUUCUAAACCUUUGCGUUAUCAGCCUCGAUCGCUAUUUCGCCAUUACAUCACCCCUCAAAUACCCAAGAACAAGGUCUCGGAAAAUGGCAGCGGGUCUCCUAACAGGUGUGUGGACGAUAUCGUUCGUCGUGUGUAGUCCUCCGUGGGUAGUUCCAAGCUGGAAUCUCUUCACCGACAAUAAUAAUAACACGGGAUCAAGUGAAGAUUUCAAAUGUGCCUAUUCUCCAUCAGUAGCAUAUCGAAUCUACAGUGCACUAGGGAGUUUCUAUUUGCCACUUUUGGUCAUGCUCUUUGUCUAUUUCAAAAUCUUCCGUGUCGCUUCUGAACGUGAAGCUCUCAUGAGACAAUCAGUUGGAACCUGUCGACUCAGCAACCGACUCACCAAGACUCAGCAGAAAAACCAGAGGAACAAUCUGAGAACAGCUAGCGCACCUCACUCACGUACGCGAGUUCAAGUCAAUCACAACUGCGGUCGAGUGAAUUACUCAGUACGACCGAUGGAAUAUGCAAAUCGAUUGGAAAAUUCUCUGAAGCCAAAUCACGAGAGGUUCGACUCAACCGACUGCGAAGAUUCUCCACCUAACGGUGAUAGUCUGGAAGCGGGAACUACGUGCAAUAUCUCGAUGUCAUUGGUAACCAACUCUCCGCCGAAUGGGUCCCAAAAAGAGGCCAAGAACUCGAUGGAGCGAGAGUGUCACUCUCUGGCUGACAUCGUUAACAGCGCCGAUACUCCAGUUAGGAAGAACACUGAAGUUGGAAUUGCUCCAUCUCUGAGCAAGAGAGCCAGGCAAUGCAACGCUAGACUGCAGCCUAAUAACUUACUUCAGAAGGCCCAUGAGCAUUAUCAAAUCAAUGGUCCAGGAAAAACUGUCCGUGGAUCCAAAGAAAAAAUGGUGUACCUCAGAGAGCGAAAAGCAUUGAAAACCAUUGGAAUCGUGGUUCUAGGAUUCAUCAUCUGCUGGAUGCCAUUUUUUAUUAUGUACCUAGUAGAAGUAUUCAUCUCAGACCCUGUUGCCGAGUCUGCUGUUUACAGAAUCACGUCUGAAUUCUUCCUCUGGUUGGGUUACUCGAACUCGGUUCUAAACCCAAUUAUUUACACAAUGUACAAUGGAGAUUUCCGUCGAUGCUUCCGUGAUUUGCUCUCAUUUGGAUGCGUGCAACAUCAUCGAAGAACCAUGAGUGUUAAGAAACUCCAUCAGCAAUCAACCAUCUUCUAA